UCCGGGGCUUUAGCGGGCGCGUCCCGAUCCUGGUCUGGUCUCUGGGGCUCCUCGCUCUCCGCUGCCGGAGGCCCCGGUGACUCUGCUGCCGCCUGUGUUGCCCUGUGACCUCCAGGUCCCUGAAGAUCCGUAGGGAGGAUGUGGGGACACGCCGGAAGCGGGGAGGUGGCACUGUUGACAUUCAUGGAUGUGGCCAUAGAAUUCUCUCUGGAGGAGUGGGAAUGCCUGGACCCUGCUCAGCAGAAUUUGUAUAGGGAUGUGAUGUUAGAGAACUACACAAACCUGGUCUCUGUAGGUCUUGCUGUCUCUAAACCAGACCUGGUCACCUGUCUGGAGCAAAGAAAUGAACCUUGGAAGGCGAGGAAAUACAUUGCAGUAGCCAAAUACCCAGCUGUGUCUUCUCAUUGCACCCAAGACCAUUUGCCAGGGAAAAGCCAGAAAGAUUCAUUCCAAAGAGUGCUACUGAGAAAUUAUGAAGGCUCUGGACUUCAUAAUUUAAGCUUAAGGAAAGACUGGGAAAGUGUGCAUGAGUGUAAGGAGCAGAAAGAAUGUCAUAAUGGAUUUAACCAAUUUUCAACAGCUAGCCAUUGCAAAGUCGUCAAAUGUAAUAAAUGUUUGAAAGUCUUCAGAAAAUUAUCAAAACGGAAUAGACAAAAGAUAAGACAUACUUUAGAGAAAACUUUCAAAUGUAAAGAAUGUGGAAAAGCCAUUAACAAAUGUUCACACUUUACUGAAUAUAAAAGAAUUCAUACUAGAGAGAAACAUCACAAAUAUAUUGAAUGUGGCAAAGUCUUCAAGUCUUGGUCAGGCUGUUCUAAUCAUAAGUCAAGUCAUGUUGGAGGGAACCCCUACAAAUGUGAAGAAUGUGGCAAAGCUUUUAUCCAGUGUUCAAACCUGACCACACAUAAGACAAUUCAUAGUGGAGAGAAACCCUACAAAUGUGAAGAAUGUGACAAAGCUUUUAAGCGGUCUUCAUGCCUUAAUAUACAUAAGACAAUUCAUACUGGAGAAAAAUCCUACAAAUGUGAAGAAUGUGGCAAAACUUUUAAGCGGUCUUCAUACCUUAAUAUACAUAAAACAAUUCACACUGGAGAGAAAUCCUACAAAUGUGAAGAAUGUGGCAAAGCUUUUAUCCAGCGUUCAAACCUUUCCAAACAUAAGACAAUUCACACUGGAGAGAAAUCCUACAAAUGUGAAGAAUGUGGCAAAGCUUUUAUCCAGCGUUCAAACCUUACCAAACAUAAGACAAUUCAUACUAGAGAGAAACCCUACAAAUGUGAAGAAUGUGGCAAAGCUUUUAAGUGGUCUUCAUAUGUUAAUAUACAUAAGAGAAUUCAUACUGGAGAGAAACCCUACAAAUGUGAAGAAUGUGGCAAAGCUUUUAUCCAGCAUUCAAACCUGACCACACAUAAGACAAUUCAUACUGGAGAGAAACCCUACAAAUGUGAAGAAUGUGGCAAAGCUUUUAUCAAAUGUUCAAACCUGACCACACAUAAGAGAAUUCAUACUGGAGAGAAACCCUACAAAUGUGAAGAAUGUGGCAAAGCUUUUAAGUGGUCUUCAUAUCUUAAUAUACAUAAGACAAUUCAUACUGGAGAGAAAACCUACAAAUGUGAGAAAUGUGGCAAAGCUUUUAGCCAGCGUUCACACCUGACCACACAUAAGACAAUUCAUACUGGAGAGAAACCCUACAAAUGUGAAGAAUGUGGCAAAGCUUUUAUCCAGCGUUCACACCUGACCAAACAUAAGACAAUUCAUACUAGAGAGAAACUCUACAAAUGUGAAUGAUGUGGCAAAGGCUUUACCCAGUGCUCUUACCUUACUAUACAUGACAGAAUUCAUACCUGAGAAAAAUCCUACAAAUGUAAACAAUGUGGCACAUCCUUUAAUAACUGUUCACAUAUUACUUGACAUGACAGGGGUCAUACUGGAUAAAAGUGGUAUAAAUGUAAAGACUGUUGAUACACC